UUAUAGCAAGUGAGAUGAAUCGAUGAUGAGCUCUUGGCUCCGCAAUAUUCAGGGACAGUUAUCGGAAUUCGCAUCCGAAGUACUAAAUGAGGCUACUGAAGAAGUGAACGAUCCGGAAAGUGAACUACAGGUUGUCAGAAAGAAGCUCUUGGAAACAGAGAAAGAGCUCAAUAUCGAAAAAGAGAAUGCGUUGAGGCUAAAGAAGAAAAUCGAUAAUCUCGAGGAAGAGCUUUAUGCAAAGAAUCUUGAAUUAGAUACUAUAAAUGGGAAAUAUACUGGUAUGAUUGAAAGUCGUGACACUCAAAUCCGUGCAUUGCAGGCAGAAUUAGAACGAACACAUCAUACAGUUCAAGAAUCAUUGAAUGAUGGAGAUGAUGACGGAUUUUUCCCAGCGAACAGUGCUCGUAUUGCACGCAUGAGAGAUGAAGUCGAUCAGCUGCGUAAGGAAGCCGCACACUGGAAACGUCUUGUUAACGAACAGUCGGAGAAGAGCGAUGCUCUGAAGAUAUCAGAAUUGGAGCAUCUUAUGGCUGAACAAAAAACAAAAUAUGAAAGUGAAGUUGCGGCGUUAAUUAUUGCUCAUAACGAAACGGUUGCUGAGCUGAAGUUUCUGAAUCAGGAGGGCAGGAUUAGUGAUGCUCAAAAAAACCUCUUCCUAACUCAGAAUGCCAAUGAAAAAGCAGAAGAUCCUGGAUGCUGCACUGAACAGCAUAUUUUGGAGAAUGAAACCAACAAAAAACAAAUACAUUUGUUGACAGAAGAACGAGAUCUUUUGUUGGAAAAAAUCAAGUCCAUGCAAGAAGAAAAUGAAAUACAAGAGGAUCAAGUAGAUAAGUUGACAUUUCAAGCUGUGGAUAAAGUGCUUAGUGAACGGUUAAAUGAAUUGGAACAACAACGUGAAGAUUUACAAAAGCAGUUGGAUACAGCAGAGGCGAAAAUUACUGAAAAAACUUCUCAUAUUUCCCAGUUACAAGCAGAAGUGAGAGAAGUGCACCAUCUCAUUGAUAUGCAGCGUGAAAAGUUUGAAACUGAAACUACUGUGGAGAGAGAACGAAGCAGAGCGAAAAUUGAAGAACUACAAAAUGAAUUAGCGAAUUUACAAUUGCUAAUGAAUUCUCGUGAGGAAGAUAGAGUCAAUGAGAAAUCGAAGAUGACCGAAACCAUUGAAAAACUCAGCAAGCAAAUUGCAACAUGGCAAAAACGAGCUGAAGUUUUGGAGACCAAAUCAAAGGAGCAAGCAAUAUUAGAUCGAGAGUUAGAAAAACUCAGGCAAGAGAAUGCGGAGCUUACAGCGGCUUAUAAUGAUCUGAAUGAAGACUUUGAAAAUCAUAAGGCAGAACACGGUUCUGUAGUAACCUCGAAUCGUGAUUUGACUGCUCGUAUCGAUGCUUUGAAAGCGAAUCUCAUUGAAUAUGAAGAACGCUAUGAGAUGUGCAAAAAUGAAAAUGCUGAGACUGUUCAGCAACUCGAAAAGCUAUCAAACGAUUUUGAACGGCUACGUUUGUCGUUUGAAAAUUCAAAGACAAAAAAUGCUUCGGAUGCUGUGGAUGAGGUUGAAAGACUUCGUACGGAACUGGACGCCUCAAAAAAUGAUCGUGAAAAGUUGCGUGCUGACGUUGAACGUUUUCGAUCGGCUAUUGGUGUUAUUGAUACGGAGCUGAACAGAUUAAGAGAAUCAAACGAUCGAUUAGUCCAAGAUAACAAAGCCAUGGGCGCUAGUUUAGAUAAGUUCUCUGAAAUCCGAGAUAUGUUGGAAAAUAGCGAUAGUGAAUUAAAAAAUCUUCGAGAGAAGUUCUUCCAGCUUCAGAGCGAACAUGAAUUGAAGGAAAAACAAUGGCGCGAACAGUUGUUGGAAUUGAGCGAAGCGCGUGAUGAUGCCAAACGUCGACUGGAGGAAUGCCAACGGGAAACAGUGAUUCGGCAGUCACGCUCGUCUGACACUGCUUUAUCUGCCGAAAUUGUUGAAUUAAAAAGUGACGAAGGCAAAGUUACGACAAGUAGCGAAGGUACUGUGGACUCGAAUAACGGGUGGGAAAAGAUGUCAGAUUGGGAUGCGACAGCACCAGCAAAUGGAUCGUCAUCAGCAGAGGGUUCAAAUAAUUGUACAAUUAUGAAUGAAUUGCGUGAAGCUCUAGCGGUUGUGACGGAAAAAACAGAAGAAUGUGAGGAAUUGCGUCGCCAAAAACAUGAACUCGAAAAAGAAUUGGAUCUACGACAGACGUAUAUCGAUGAGUUUAUGGUACAAAUGAACGUUUUACAAUCUCAGCAGCAUAUACAUGCGGAAACAUCUGCACAACUUCGUGAUCGGGUAAAUGAACUGAAACAGGAUAAACUAGAAUUGGAACGAAAUCUUGUUCAUACAAAGGAAAAAUUAGAAGAGGUGCAAAAGGAAUUGGAUGCAGUUAAGGGCGAAAAAUUAAUAAAUAUCAAGCAAAUUGAUUCGUUGCAACAAACAAUAGAAGAAUAUGAACAAAAAAUGAGAGAUCAGAAUGCUUCCCAUGAAGAAACCUUGAGUAAUACCAUUAUGGAACACAGAACUAUCGUCGAGGAAAUCGAAAAUAAACUAAAAGCGGCGCAGGAUGAGAUAAAGCAGCCGCGAAAGCAGAACAAAGCUGAAGUAGAAAGAUGCGAAUUUGUGGCUGAAGCAGAAGAGAAAUUUUUACGUGUUAAUACCGAAUUGAUGGAAUCAAUGCAAAGGCAGACUGAGUUGGAGAAAGCAAAUGGUGAAUUACAGCAUAAGCUUAAUGAGGCAUCGAUGCAAGUGACAGAAGCUGAAAGACUUCGGGUUGAAUUAAUUGCAUUAGUAGAGCAGAAGCAUGCUGAAAGUGUUAAAUAUCAUACUCAGUUGCAGACUGCACUUGUUGAGAAAGAACACCAAAGCAACACUUUUGCCACAUACGCUGAAAGAUUACCUAUCUUGGAGCAAGAAUUGAAAAAUUGCGUGGAGACUCGGGAUAAAGCAUUAAGAGAAUGCGAACGAUUACGUGAUCAUUUGCUGACAAUGGAAGAAACAUCGACCAAGGAAGCUCUAGCUGGAGAGGAACGAGAAACUGAAUUAAGACAACGAAUCAGAAUACUAGAACAAAAGACGGAAGAAUCAGCAGAUAAUGUUAUAGAGUCUGCUAAUGUGUAUCAGCGACAAAUUACCGAAUUGACCGAUGAAUUAGAUUUUAUGAAGAAUGAGCAGGUAUCCAUCGUCGACAGGUUACGAGAACGGGAGAAAACAUUAGCCGAUACGAAAAUGGCACUCUCAAAUUUACAAAAUGUUUUGCGUGAUAUCGGUAUAGAUCAUGAAGCACAGGUGUUACAGUACGAAAAUACUAUUGCUGAGAUGAAAAAAAAUGUGGAAAAUUUAAAUCUGGAGAUAGCUCAGUUUAAACAGAUGCAGGAAACCAUCGAGGCCGAAAAGCAAUUGUUGGAAGGUAAAACUGUGUAUCUCAAAGAAGAAAUUACGAGGAAGAAUGCGAUGAUUGAAGAACUUGAAGCAAGCCUUGACGAGCAUGCGCAACUGGCAGUAGCAUCAGUAUCAUCGUACAGCAUUGAUGAUCAAGUACUUCGUCAACUGUUUCUGUCAUAUUUUACCGCUGACAAAGACAAACAACCAGAAAUUGCCAUCUUAUUGGCGUCGGUGCUAGGUUAUUCACAGGAGGACAUUGCAAAAAUUAGUGCUGCGAGUCACUCUUCGUCGAGGAGUUGGUUUGGUUUUGGUGGUUCAUCGAGACUUCCUCAACAGAAUAUUUCUUUGGCGGAGCAAUUUGUUCGAUUCCUGGAGAAAGAAUCUUUAACAACAUCUCACUCUCUUCCUGUUCAGCAGUCUGAAGAAAAAGAGACAAUACGUUCCAUUAUUCCCCAGAAAUGUUCAAGGACAUCAUCCGCAACCGAUCUGCAUUCAAUAUUGAACACAUGAAAUUUGGAUGUUUGUAGAGAGUUUAUGCAAAACACGUAAUAAUUUGAGAAACGACCAUUUAUUGUUUCCUUUCAGGGCCGACGGACAAUAAGUUUACAGUUCAUCUGUGCAGUAUAAUUUUUGAAAAUUUCACAUUAUGUACACCUUCCUAUUCUUUAACCGUCCGUAUCUCGUUUUUUAUUAUUUACGAAUAUAGCUGUCAGGCCCAAUCAUAAUGGUAUCCACCCAGUGUUGCCGGUGUCUUUCAUUUUUAUAACUGGUUUCAUUUGUGUACUUAUGCAUCAGGUCAUAAUCUUACUAUCUGGCUUUGGAUAUUAUCUGUUUCCUUAGCAUUAGCGUGUUUCCUUUAGCCUUAGCAUUAGCGGGUUAACAUUCUUAGUUGUAAUAGUAAUGGAUUUGAAAUUUUUGAAAAUAUCUGUCUGUGUUAUAUUCGGUUAUCAUUAUUCCAUGCUUCGAAAUUCUCUUUAGCUGAUUUUUUUUGUCUUGCAUAAGAACUUUUUGACCAUGAUGAACUAACUCUAUAAUUUGCGUAUAUACUUUUUUGUUUCUUUUCGUGACCAUGAAUCACUGAGGAAAUAAGAUAUUAUGUGGUUGAUUUUGUUUCAUCCUUGGACCAUUGUUCUCAGAUCUAAACGUUCAUAAAGAAUAUUAAAUUACUACUAGAACUGUUAACCUGUAUCUCCCUUCU